AUGGUAGUUAUGUUGCACACCUUUUAUAAUAGUCUAGGUCAACAUUAUGAAGAGGAAAAAAGGGCUUUAAGCCAUGAAAUAAUUGCGCUCAAUAAUCAUUUAAUAGAAGCCAAGGUGACAAUAGAUAAGUUGUCAGAAGAUAAUGAGCUCUAUAGAAAGGACUGCAAUUUAGCUGCUCAGCUGCUCCAGUGCAGCAAGAAUUACAACAGGGCACAUAAGCUUUCUGAGCUGCCAUCUGACUUUCAGGAAAGAGUCAGCAUCCAUCUGGAAAAGCAUGGGUGCAGCCUUUCUGUACCUCUCUGUCACCCAUCAUUCGCUGAUACCAUACCAACUUGUGUCAUUGCUAAAGUGCUGGAAAAACCAGAUCCAAACAGCUUGUCCUCACAUUUGUCAAGCACAUCUACAAGAGAUCUUGCUUUUCAGGACUCCACUGGGAAGCUUGGGCAAAGGCCCCAAUACAAGUCUGACAUCUAUUGCAGCGAUACAGCUCUUUAUUGCCCUGAGGAGAGGAGGAGGGAGAGGAGACAGAGUGUUGAUAUGCAAGUGAAAGAUGUAGGGUUUUUGAGAUCCCAGAACUCUACUGACAGCACUGUAGAAGAAGAUGGCUUCCAUUCCAGCUUCUCUCAUGAAGCCUUCCCAGAAUACGUUACCUCUUUACCAACCUCCAGCUCCUAUUCCAGCUUUAGUGUUACAUCGGAGGAAAAGGAGAAUGCCCAAGCCAGCACUCUGACAGCCUCUCAACAAGCAAUCUACAUGGGCAACAGAGAAGAAAUGUUUGACAGAAAGUCAUCUUCAGGUUACGAACAUCAGGGAAGUCCUAGGUUUGCCAAGUCCAAACCUGUGCAGCACAUGGAACUUGCUGAUGACAAUGACAACUCUCCCACUUUUACUAGGACUCUGUCUCCUUAUGCAAAUGAGCCUUUCCAUUUCUCAGCCAUAACUACGCAACAGGUGUUGGCAAGUCAGAAAAUGAGGAAUGAGUGCAGAAGCACCCAUCUCUCAGAAGAAGACUUACCCGGUCGGUGGAGGCAGCUGAGUGCAGAGGACAUUGGUGCAUAUUCUUAUAGGAACACUGGCAGACUGUCCCCCUGCAGUUUUUCAGAACAGUACUACAGCAGUCCAGUCAAAAAAACUGAGAGCCGAGCAAGCCCCAUCUAUGCUAGUUACAAAGCAGACAGCUUCUCGGAGGGAGAUGAUAUCUGCCAAAGCAGACUUGUGGAUUCUUGCUUCCUGAGAACAGACAGUGGCCUGAAUAUUGACAUCAGCAGUAGCUGUAAACAGGACAAGUUACCAUCUUACAAAACAAAAGAAUCAAGAGACCAAAAAAAUGAACGGAUAACGGUCCAGUUGUGCAGUAGCAAAAAUAUGGAAAGUAGCCCAGUGUUGAAAAGGGAGUAUGUCAAUGUAAGCCCAAACAGCUCAGCAGAAUCUCUCAAUCAGAGUUCGAUGGAGGCUUCAGAGAUCCACCAGUCUUCCAUGGAGCAAGGAAGCCAUUCAGGCCUUCAUAGCAAACAGCAGCAGUUUCAACGGACUGGGAGUACAGGUCUGAGUCGGAAGGACAGCCUUACAAAAGCACAAUUAUAUGGAACCCUUCUAAAUUAA